UUAAAGAAACAGAAAGCUAAAUGCAAUAAUGGGUUAAGUUAAAAAGAGACACACAUUAAAGUUGGUGCCAUAGGACUUUCCUUAAUAAAUGCUUCACUUCCCCUCCUUUUCUUUUCAAAAUUCAAAUUCACACCCCUCUUACCUAUUAUACACUUUUCUUUCUAAAUACUAUACUUUUUUUCUUUUGAAUCUUUUCAUUGUUCUACUUUUAGUUCAAAUUUUUCUAGUGAAAGAAAUAUAAUAGAACCAUGCAGUGAUGGAAAUUACAAACCGAUAGAGAAAGGUUUGCUUUGAAAAAAAAAGGGGGGUGUGAAAAUGAGUACAGCAAGAUUCAUCAAAUGUGUUACUGUUGGAGAUGGUGCUGUUGGAAAAACUUGUAUGCUUAUCUCUUACACAAGCAACACUUUCCCUACGGAUUAUGUGCCUACAGUUUUUGAUAACUUUAGUGCAAAUGUUGUGGUUGAUGGUAGCACAGUUAAUCUUGGAUUAUGGGACACUGCUGGACAAGAGGAUUACAACAGGCUUAGGCCUUUGAGCUAUAGAGGAGCAGAUGUGUUCUUGUUGGCCUUUUCUUUACUCAGUAGAGCCAGCUAUGAAAAUAUCUCUAAAAAGUGGAUUCCUGAAUUGAGACAUUAUGCUCCAACUGUGCCAAUUGUACUUGUAGGGACAAAACUUGAUUUGAGGGAAGAUAGGCAGUACUUGAUUGAUCAUCCUGGAGUUACACCUAUAACUACUGCCCAGGGAGAAGAGCUGAAGAGGGCUAUUGGUGCAGCUGUGUACUUAGAAUGCAGCUCAAAGACUCAACAGAAUGUGAAGGCUGUGUUUGAUGCUGCAAUUAAGGUUGUUUUGCAGCCUCCUAAGCAAAAGAAAAAACGAAAGAAGAACAGAUCAUGCAUUUUCCUUUAAUUGCUGAUAUUCAUGUUUGAUUCACAUUCUGUAACAUUUGAUUGCAAACUCUACAAUCUUUCUGCUUUCUUGAUUUUUUUUGUUGUUGUUGAUGGAUCCAAAUGAUGUUCCUAUGUUAUAUGUAACUCGAUAUUCAAGGAUAAAUUUUGUUAUAAGAAAUAAUGUCAUUAAUGUUGCACAA